AUGCGAGAUGCGAGACGCGAGAGCCAGAGUAAGCUCGCCGUUGACUCCAUCCUUCAAAAGGCCUCGGUAUCCAUCCUUUGCAUCUCAAUGUCUUCUUACCUUCUACGCAAAACACUAUCGUCGACAUCACGAUUGCACCAGCUCUCCGCCCAUCUCAGCCCAAACGAUUUGACUAUGAAGACUACCGAGCACAAGCUCUCACCACCCUCACUGGAGGAUCUGGCCAAAGCAGUGACUCCUGCACUACAAAAGAACUAUGAGGAUGCUUCCGUCAGCGUGGUAGACUGCCCCGAUCUGCGUCAAGCACCUUUCCACCUAGCCGGAAAGGGUCUCUGCGGCAAUGAGUGCGUGGCGGAUAUCGGUGGCCAGUCUCACCUCUUCCCUCGACCACUCCUGGACAAGAUAUAUCCUAUGCUCGAAUGUGCAAAGGGCAUGCAUCUAGCUUUAGAGGGCGGCAUGCUGAUAGGGGCUGGAGCCGGACCCUUCCACGUUAUUGGCAUGAACUCCGAGCUCGCGCCAAACCUGAGCUGGAGCGGUGGAUUCGAAAAUGUCGACAACAAGAGCCGAUACGCCAAAGUGAGGAGCGUCACGGAUGGCCAGGCCGACGUCGUCUGCCAGCCCAGUCCUAGCACAGAUUGUGCUCUGAUGAUGAACCUAUACGGGUCUGCUGGGCAAUCAGGCCCGGUACUCAGAGUCACCGCUCGCUCGCGCAGAGGAGAUCAGAAGAGCUUCACAGAGUGCACCCGGCGCGCUCUCCACGACGCCUAUGGCGACGACAAACAAGUCAGCCUCGGCGGUGCCUUUGUCAUAAGGAAAGGCAAAGCGUUAUUCCACGUCAUGCCCGACUUCCCUGCCGAGCCCUUCACGGACCGCCACGAGCUCAACGAGUGGCUGACAUUCCACGAGUUCCCGGCGCCGAUGGUAUGCCUUACGGUCCUCCACUCCGCGGACCCGCAGGAGCUUGGCUUGAGGAUGGAGCAUACGCACUGCUUCUCUGGCGCUGGCAGGGAUGAGGGUGGACAUUACCACAACGAUCUCCUGCCAGAGGGGACGGGAGGGGAGGAGAUCGAGUACGAAGCUUACUUCAACACCGCUAAAGUGCUGUACCGGAUCGACCAGCCGCAGACGGCUUUGGACCUCCUGCAUCACUGA